AUGUGCACACUGAACCAGGCCCUUAUACAGGACGGACGGAAUCCCGGGCUCAGUCUGCUGGCGGCGUCUCAGACCAAGGACAAGGAGGCAUUGACACAGGACGGGGUCACGCGAGUCAUACGGGAGCUGCAGAAGAGCGUCGACUUCGUCGUGUGUGACAGCCCCGCGGCGGGGAUCGAGUCAGGCCAGUCAAACGGGGCCCCGCGCAUGCCUGCGGAAGUACAUGCUUGUCUGAAGUCACGCUACUGGUAUGACCAUAUUUCACGUAGGGGUCCCCGAGCGUGCGUUCGGCAGUGUUUGCUUCUCUGAAGUCGCACUGCUGUUGUGGCCAUAAAUUUCACCUAGGGGGUGCAUGCGUUCGGAAGUGUUUGCCUAUCUGAAGUCACACUGCUGGUAUGACCAUUAUUUCACCACGGAAAGGGGGCGCAUGCGUUCGGAAGUGUUCGCAUAUCUGAAAUCGCAUUGGUAGGACCGUUUGUUUCACGAUGUGCUUUCUAUCUGAAGCCAUGCUGGCAUGGCCAUUUGUUCACCACGGUGCGGAGCGGAGCAGAACGGCGGCCGCUCCCGGCAGGGAUACAAUACAUUUCUGGGGUUCCUCUUGAUGGGACUGUUUCUGCUUGUCGACGAUAAUGCACAUGCACACGUGCAUCGAACAAUGAGCCUACAGAAAUGUGUAGGACUCGGGGCUCUCUCUCCAAUGGAAUGCCUGCCUUUGGACGACGAUAAACAUGUUUCUGUUUGUGGACGACAACACACAUGCACACACAGUCACACUUUCAUCCAGCAACCGUGGUGGCCCCCGGGGUAUGUCUCUCUCCAUGGGAAUGUUGCUGUUCGUC